AGGACCAAUCAGUGCUCGGUCUGAUCUGCAAGACCCGCCCUUCGCUGGAAGGAAGCAGAGUCGCUCAAAAAUGAGUUACCAGUACGGACAGGGCUAUCCGGGACAGACCGCACCCACUGCUCCACCCGGGGGUGGCCAACACCCCUCUGCCCCUUAUGGAGGUGCAGCAGUUCCAGCAGGAGGCCAAUAUGGACCUGGACCUGGACCAGGACAAGGUGAGCAGUAUAGACCUGGACCAGGACAAGGACAAGGUGGGCACUAUGCACCCGCACCAGGACAAGGUGGGCACUAUGCACCUGGACCAGGACAAGGUGGGCACUAUGCACCUGGACCAGGACAAGGUGGGCACUAUGCACCUGGACCAGGACAAGGUGGGCACUAUGCACCUGGACCAGGACAAGGUGGGCACUAUGCACCUGGACCAGGUGGUGCCCCAGGCGGUUACGGUGGACAACCUCAUGGUGCGCCUUACAGGCACCCUGCUCCUUCAGGCAACAUCCCUCCCGGUGUGAACCCCGAGGCCCAGCAGUGGUUCCAGAGUGUGGACACGGACCACAGCGGCUUCAUCAACAUGAAGGAGCUCAAGCAGGCGCUGGUCAACUCCAACUGGUCCAAUUUUAACGACGAGACGUGCCUCAUGAUGAUCAACAUGUUUGACAAGACCAGGUCAGGCCGCAUGGACCUCCUGAGCUUCUCAGCCUUGUGGGGCUUCAUGCAAAAGUGGAGGGCGCUCUUCCAGCAAUAUGACCGGGACCGCUCGGGAGCCAUCAGCGGCACGGAGCUACACCAAGCUCUCGCGCAGAUGGGCUACAACCUGAGUCCCCAGUUUUCCGAGUCCCUGGUGCGGCGCUACAGUGUCCAGCCGGCACGUCCCGGCAUCCAGCUGGACCGCUUCAUCCAGGCGUGCACGCAGAUGGAGAGCAUGACGCAGGUCUUCAGGGAGAGAGACACCAGCAGGACGGGCAACGUCCGCCUCAACUACGAGGAGUUCCUAUCGGGCGCCGUCACCCGGCUGAUGUGAGGUCGUCAGGACACGCCCCUGUGCACGCGGUACACCAGCCGGACGCAACCUGGCAGCUCGUUGCUAUGGAGACUUGACACCAAAACAAGGCAGGACGGGCGAAGUAGUGCCUUUAUGUCAGCGGUGGAACAAUUAGUCUUGAUUGUACCUCUAACACAUGUUUAAAACUCCUGCACUCAGUAAACAUACUCCAGUAUUUUACAUUAGUGAAAGAUAAUUACAUUGACAUUAUAUAUGGGAAUUGAGCUGUUUACGCGACAAAGGUCAAGUUAUAUGAUCCUAAGUAGAAAAAAUAAUCUAAAAAAAAAAAAAAAAAGACUAAGCCUUGUCCAACUGUUUAUUCGCUCAAACUAUUCAUGUUUAAAUAACUUUUCCUGCAAAUGAAUAUCUGCUCCAAAUGUCAGUUAUCAGCCUCCUUAACCACUAAUAAUUUGCAUCGGUCGAUUUCUAUCAUCCCAAGCACCUAAUAGAAAGUUUUUUGCAACUGGAAAGCGAGUUUUUAGGAGUAUUUUUGUAAUACAUCUGAUUACCUACAAAAAUACCCCUUCUGUUUAUUUUGAUAAGCAAAUUGUAUUUUACAUUCCACUGUGAUAUGCCAAAUGUAUUUUUUUUAUUGUCAAAACAAAUAAAUUGCUAUGGUGUAUUCUCUUGA